CCUCCCCGGGCCCCGCCACGCUUGCCCGCGAGCCCCAGCACCCCCAAAUCCUCUCGGAUCGGUGUCGCGGGGCGAGGUGAGAGCAGGCCCGGGGAGGGUGGUCACCGCUGCGGAGCAGGGACUGUCACUCAAGAUGAUAGAAGUACUGACGACCUACUCUCAGAAACUGUUACACCAGCCGAAUACCCUGUUGGAACAGGAGUCCAGAUGUCAGCCAAAGGUCUGCGGCUUGAAACUGAUUGAGUCUGCCCACGAUAAUGGCCUCAGGAUGACUGCGAGAUUGAGGGACUUUGAAGUGAAAGAUCUGCUUAGUCUAACUCAGUUCUUUGGUUUCGACACUGAGACAUUUUCUUUAGCUGUGAAUUUACUGGACAGAUUCCUGUCUAAAAUGAAGGUACAACCGAAGCAUCUCAGGUGUGUUGGACUGAGCUGUUUUUAUUUAGCAGUAAAACUGACAGAAGAGGAAAGGAAUGUCCCGUUGGCAACUGAUUUGAUCCGGAUAAGUCAGUAUCAGUUCACGAUUUCAGACUUGAUGAGAAUGGAAAAGAUUAUAUUGGAGAAGGUGUGUUGGAAAGUCAAAGCUACAACUGCCUUUCAAUUCCUGCAGCUCUAUUAUUCACUCAUUCAAGAGAACUUGCCAUAUGAGAGGAGAAACAGUCUUAAUUUUGAGAGACUGGAAGCUCAACUCAAGGCGUGUCACUGCAGGAUCAUAUUUUCUAAAGCAACGCCUUCUGUGUUGGCUUUGUCUAUCAUUGCACUGGAGAUCCAAACACUGAAGUGCGCAAUGUUAACAGAAGAAGUAGAAAGUCUUCAGAAACAUUCCAAGGUAAAUGGCCGAGAUUUGACCUUCUGGCAAGAGCUUGUAUCCAAGUGUCUAGCUGAAUAUUCAUCCAGCAAGUGUUCCAAACCUGAGGUUCAGAAGUUGAAAUGGAUGGUUUCUGGGCGCACACGACAGCUGAAACGCAGCUACCAGAGGGUGACCCACCUGCCAAAGAUUCCCGAAACCAUUUCUUAGUUUCCAAAUUUAGAGGUUACUCUCUGAUGAAGGGAAACUUUCCAGUGUGAUAAUUUUCUUUCUCAGCUGAAGAAUUGAAAUAGUACCUUCAAAAUAAAUGAUAUGAAGUUGAAGUAGAAAAGGGAAAAA